AAGUCAAUUGUGCAAAAGUGGAAUUGUCACCGCGCAUUGAUAUUUUGCGUUCCGGGACAAAAGGGGGUUGUCGCAUGAAAAUUUAGUAAAUUGCUCGUGUCUGUCUCUGUUACGUUACAAUAUAGCUCUAACGCACACACGUCACAUUUCACUGUCUAAAAUAGUUUCACUAAGGCAAGCGCAGUUCAAACCAAUGAGUCCCAAUUUAACCACACCCUGUGAUGUUUCGAGCACACGGAAAUAGUCGCUGGCAGAAUUGAACGUUCAAUUCUGCUCCUUUGGACCUGGCAGUGUCUUUAGAAGUGGUCUGGACAUUGGCUCCGUCCAUCGAUCCAGUCGAUCAACAAAUAUGAAGGAAAAUGGCGCAAGUAGCGAGCUUUUUCCCCGGACUGCUGUUUGUCACUGGAAGACCUUGGUUCCUAUUACUCUCACAAUGUUGGCAACCUUGUCAUAUGCAAUGGCACUAUUCUAUCAAAGCGGACAAUUCCACUUGAUUGCACCGGUGAAGAACGUGAUUCUCCCGCCCAAAAUACUGCCACGUGGUCAGUUUUCUCUUGACCAGUCUCAGGUACCAAGAACCCCCGGAACACAGCUUGCGGCAUUGGAUCAAAACUUGCUCCUCAAAACGUGGGAUAAGACUGUAUUCAACGAUGUGGAUUCCACGGCAUACAAGAACAUAGAAGUCGUGAACAGCACGGGGAGAGGGACAAGUAUGGAGUUGACGAGUUUCAAAAUGACACAUGUCGAGCUGGUAUCACACGUAGGACGAAGCAUCAAAGUAGGGGAUGUCUUACAUUACCGAAUUCAGAGCAGGGAUUUCAACGGGAGGAAACGCAUUCUUGGCGGGGACAUGUGGUACGCUACUUUGAACUCCGAUAAAGACCCCAAGGCGAGCACCGCUGGACAUGUAGUUGACCACGGCAACGGUACCUACGACGCGUACGUGCUGGCCGCCUGGCCCGGCAACGCCAAGUUCAACUUGAUCCUGGUCCACGCAAGCGAGGCUGUGUACCACUUGAGAAACAUUGUGUGGAAUUCGGAGCGAAGGGCUAUUUGGUUGGGACGUUAUUCGUUCAAAGGCAAAACAACGGAUGCCGUGUGCUAUCUGCAGCACCAUGGGAAGUGGGAAGGGAAGUGCGAGUACCCUGCCUACCGUGCAUUGGGAAGCACUGUCUUUCUCUGUGACAAGAAACCAGAUUUUCCCUGUGAGUCCCUGUACGCACUCAACAUUCACCGUCAGGCUACAAGUAACAGAGCAAAAGAGUUGGGCAAUGGUAUGGAAUACUUAUACAAAAGGCCAUAUUUUGAGCAAGGUGUUCCCGUGACAAACUCCACAUUGCGAAUUGAAGGGUCAGGACUUGAGCAUAACAAGCUGCCUCGCUGCAAGGCGGACCAGCCGAUCCCUACAAUCCAGGGGUAUUGGAUGAAUGACAAGUGGAACUCACUCUUGUGCGAGUUCGGGACAUGGACGGAGAAGUCGUCGCUGACGUCCUGCCUCCGCGGGCAGCGUCUUGUGAUACUUGGCGAUUCAACCAUGAAUCAGUGGCUGAAUGGUUUAAUCAAGUUACUGGACACUGCCACCGUCGAUAAGCCAGGCAAGAGAUUGUGGUCAAAGAUGCACUAUGACUCUCUCAAUCUCACCUUGUAUUUUCAGUUUCACCCGUACGUGAUCGGGUCGCACACCUACAAGCUGAACGAGAUGAGAGAGGAGGUGGAUGUCUUGAAUGGACUCAACGAUGCCGAUUGCAACUACGUUGUAGUCAUCAGUCCAUGGGCCCACUUCGCCCAAUGGACGCGGGACAGUUACAUCGAGCGAGUCCGUCUAAUCAGGAAAGCUGUCAUUGAUCUACGGCACAGAUGUCCCGAUAUACCUUUCGUCAUCAAAGGACCCCACCCAAGGGACCAUAAAAGCUGGGAAGCCGCGAUGUUCAUAUCUGACUACAUCUUAACUCAGAUUGAGACCAUCAACCGUGAGGCCUUUGGAGGUAUCGGGGCGUUUUUCUUGCCUAUAUGGGACAUGAACCUCGCUUAUCCCGCACGCAAAAAUGUUCACAUGCCCAUGACUGUUAUUAUGGAAGAACUUAAGAUGUUUGUAGGCUAUGUUUGUGAUACUUUACAUCCACACUAAGUUGAAGAACUUAUUUGUUCCAGAUUUUCGUGACACUAUUGUACAUGUUGUGAUGACACGUGAUAUCCUGCAUUUAUAGAACUCCGUCGAGUCUGAAAACGUAACACGAAGUAGAGGUUUGUUGUUAGUUUUUUUGUUUUGUUUUUUAGAUAAACGCAGGGUUAUUGGGCGCAAAACUAUUUAACUUAACAUUGUCAAAUUCAGUUGUAAAUAUGUUUAUGCAAAGACAGGAAAAGUAUGAUAUAAGUAAGAUAUUCAAGAUUCUUUCGGUUUAACCAUUUAUUAGAUUGAGAGAAAAAAAAAUGUAUUAGAUUGAUAUGUGAUGACGUCAUGAUGAUGUCACAUUAGAGCAUGUUUGUACAGAGUUUCAUCUUCACCCUUGGAAUCGUUAAAGGAGAAAUUUUGUUUGUUUUAUAUUCACAUAUAUUUCGGUUUUUUGAAUUCACUUAACUUUGACCUUCCGUUAACCCCGGAAGUAAAGGUCAAGCAACUUCAUGUACGUAAAAUCAAGGCAUGAUAAUCAGAUCAUAGAGUCUGACCAUCAUUAUUUGUUUUGUUCAUGAGUUAUUACCGAAACAAAACGGUUCCGGUCUCUCACGGUUGAUUUUACAUGG